CUGCCUAGGCUGCAGACACUCAAGCAGCACUUUUUCACUCCGCAUUCCGCAUUCCGCAGCCUCGCGCGGUGGCAACCCUUGCUUAACGUAUCUGUGUGUUAACGUCACUGAUCCAAAGCGACCGACAACAUUCUGGAGCCCGUUCCCUUACCUCGUUCGGUUGCGCCUCAACUUGCAAAACACCCGGCGUUGCAGCCGGCUGCAACUUAGGAUGUUUUAACAUAGGAGUCCGGCUAACGUUGAUUUUGAGGCCGGUCGGGACAAAAGUCUUGGACAGGCCCGUCGCUUGGCUGGCCCCAGCCAUGGAAGCGUACACCUAAAAGGCAGCAAUGCAGACGCAAUGGGCUGGGGUGCAGCAGCCGGGCGGUGGGGCCCCAGCGCAAUAUGACGGUGAGCUACACGCUUAUGCGCCGCCGCAGCAGCCCGCCGGGGCCAGCGCCUGGCAGCAGCCCCGCGCCGCGGCUGUAGCUGCUGCCGCUGGCCCCCAGCCCAGCGUCCGCCCCACUACCGAAGGCGGCUUUUACGGCCCACAAACUCCUGGCGGCAUCGGCCCGCCGCCGCCGGUGCCGCCGCCACACGCAGCACCAUCAGAAGCAGCACAGUUGCACCAGCAGCAGUGGCGGCAUGCGCAACACUACCAGUGGCGCGGCGCGGCGGAUAGCAACCCCUCACGGCCUCCUGCCGGCGCCAUGCUGCGCGGGGCCGGAGACGGGGCCAGCAGCCACACCGCCGCCGCUGCCACCGCCAGUGGCUGUGGUGGUGUUGGCAGUGCUGGUGAUCGGAUUGGCGGCACUGUUGCAUCCCACGACGGCUGGACUCCCUGGGGGUCCGCACCCGGGCAAGGAAACGGCCCUGCAGCCGCUGCUACUGCCGCCGCUGCAGCUGCUGGGGUGCGGUCGCAGUCGGUGCCCGUCGCGGCCGCAUCCAAUUACCCCCCAGUGAGAGGAGGCCCGGGCGCGACAGCGCCUCCCCAGGGGCCGGGGCCCGGCCCGGGCGCAGGGGGCUCCGGAGCGGGGGGCCGGGGUCCGCCCGGUGCCGCUGGCGGCGAUGCGCCGCAGGGGGUGUUGCAUGUGGCAGCGCCGGGCGCCAGGUCGGUGUGGGUGGCGGCCGGGCCGCAGGGCGGCGGGCCAGGCCGUCGCCCUGACCGCCCGCAGGUAGCAGUGGCGGUGGCGGCGGACCCCUUUGGUCCGCCCCGCCACCUGCCGCCGCUCCGGCUGCGCCCGCCGCCGCCGCAGCUGCCGCUGCCGGAGGCGCACCCGUACUCACCAGUGCGCCGCGCUCAGCCGCCGCCGCCGCAGCAGCACCCGCCCUCGCACCCACAUCCGGUGUACUACCGCUCUCAGACGCCGCUGCCGCCACCGCCACCGCCGGCCGGUUAUGUGUACGCCGAGGUCGGAGGGGAGGAGUCGGAGCAGGACGACGAGUUCGGGGCGCAUGCGGCGGAACCUGAACUGCAGGCCCACCACUUGCAGUAUGCGCGACACGGGCAGCACCCGCCGCACUUGCUGCCGCCGUACGUCUUACCUUCGCCUCAGCAACGACAGCAGCACCAGCAGCAGCACCAGCAGCAGCACCACCACCAGCACCACCAGCAGCACCCGCUGCAACGGCAUGACUCAGCGCUGGGACUUCCGCAGCCACAAGAGCAGCGGCAGCCGCACCAGCAGCAGCUGGGCGCUACGUGGCCGCCGCAGUCAGAGCGCUGGGCCUUGAGCGGCGAUGUCGCGGGGCAGCAGUGUCGCCACCGCCCCGUGCAGUUGCCGUCGCAACAGCAGGCACAGCCGCCACCCCAGCCGCAGCCACCGCCAUCGCAGCAGCUGCAGCGGCAGCCGGCACCGCAGCCUCAUGCGUGGCAGCCGCAUGCACACCAGCCUCAGGCGCCGGUGCCGCAGCCGCUGCAGCCGCAUGCACACCUGCCUCAGCCGCCGGUGCAGCCCGCGCGGCCGCAGCACCAGUGGCAACCAUCGCCGCAGGAGCGGCCGCAGCACCAGCAGCACCAGCACCAGCAGCACCAGCAUCAGCGGCACCAGCAACAGCAGAUGGACGGGGAGGAGGAGCCACCCGCGGCUGUAGCCUGGCGGCACGCGGCAGCUGCAGCAGCGGCAGCGACGUCCCCACCCCGGCGAACGGCGUCCGCCUCCGCCGCGGCAGCGGCUACACCUGCCGCGAUUUCGAAUGCUAUUGCGGGUGUGCCUGCGGGCGCAGGUUGCGGCGCGGCGCCCGCAUACUCGCGUCCCGCCUCCUCGUAUGCGGACGCGUUUCAUGGCGCGCACGCGCCCCACUAUCACUCGCACGGCCACGACCACGGCCGCCAUAUAGCCGCGCCCCUGGCGCCAGUGGGCGCUGACGGCGAAGGCGGCAGCAGCUGGCGCCAGAGCGCGGGAGCGCCGCCAGCCCUGCCGUGCGCACCGGGCCCCGCGCGGGACUUCCAGCACGCGGCGUACCUGCAGGCGGCGCCUUUUGGCGCAGCGCACGGCGGAGGCCCAGGGAUGGCGGCGGACCCCGCAGGGCCAGCGCCGGUUGCGGCUGCGGCGGUGGCUGCGGUUGCGGCGGGGAGCUCGGGGCAAGGCCGCAGCUCGGGGUGGCAAGAGGCCCGUCCCUAUGCAGAGCCGCAGCAGCAACAGCAACAGCAACAUCAACAGCAACAGCAGCAGGUGUGGGCCCGCAGUGCUCAGCAGCCCCCGCCGCAUGCGGCAGUGGCGACGGGGCCAGCAGGCGGGCCGCAGCACAGCCCGCCGCAGCAGGGCCUGCCACCUGUCGCCACACGGUCACAAGGCCACCACCACCAACAGUACCCUCACCAGCACUCCCACCAGCAGUACCCCCACCAGCACCACCCCCUCCUCCACGGCGAGCCCCGGACGCUGUCACGGCACAGCUCCCUACCGGCGGCGCCGUCGGGUCAGCCGCCCGGCAGCGCUGCCGGUUUCGGCACUGGCCAUGCUGUGGGCGCUGCAGGUGCGAGCACUUGGGCGGAGCCGCCCCCCAGCAGCCAGUCGACCAAACCGCGCCUGGAGGCGGCGGUGGCAGGCCGCGUGGCGGCGGCGGCUUGGCUGGAGCGAGACACCUCGCCGACUGCGCCGGCGUCGGUGGGCGGGUCGGUGGCGGGGUGGCGUGAGGCGCUGGGCGGGCUGGCGGCUGGGGCAGCGCCUGUGGCGGCUAGGCAGGCGUCGCUGGGUAGCCAGGAGGGCCGUCAGCUGCUGUACCUGCAGCACCAGCAGCAGCAACAGCACCAGGAGCAUCAGCGGCAGCAGGCAAAACAGCAGCUGCAGCAGCAACAGCAACAAAUGCUGCUCGCGCGAGACCAAAGGCAUGAAGUGGAGCAACUGCGACAGCAGCAGCAACAGCAACAGCUGCUCCAGCAGCAACAGCAACAGCAACAGCAACAGCCGGAGCUCCCUAGGCCGCACCAGCAGCGGGAGGCGUUCCCGGCUGAUGACCUCCGGACGUGGCAAGGCCACCCGCAGCGUCCGCCGCAAGCACCGCCGCCGCCAGCCCCGCACCACCAACAGCAGCCGCAGCCGCAGUGGCAGCAGCACCAGCAGGCGCUGCCGCCGGCGCACACACAGGCGGCGGAGUAUCCGGCGCCGUAUGUGUUGCCACCGGCACACGCGCCCGCUCGCCAGCAUCGGCAGCAGACGGUGCCGCCGCCGCCCCAGCCGCUGGAACGGCACCAGCAGCUGCCGCCCCACCCUCAGCGGCACCAGCAACACGCGAUGCAGCACCACAUGCACCAGCAGCAGCAGCUGCAAGCCCAUGCUGCGGCGUCGCCGUACACGGCCCAAGCGCCGACCCAGCCCCUGCAACAACAGCAGCCGACACCACCACCGCUACAGCAGCAGACGCCACCGCCGCCACAGCAGCAGCAGCAGCAGCAGCAACCUCAGCAGCAGCUGUCGGGCGAAGGCAGCUGUGCCACGCCGGAUGCCGACGAGGAGGAGGUGUCGGCGACUGCGGGAGGAGGGAUGCAGGGCACCGUCGAUUCCCCGUGCGACGGCGGAAUGAACACAACGCACCCGAAUGCCCAGGUUGCGGCCCCAUCAGGAACCCGAGGCUACGGGCCCCCACACCCCAAGCUGCCGCAGCUGAGCCUCGCAACUGCUCCCGGCCAGGCGCAACCGCACCGUCAGGAGGCGGCGGCGCCGCCGCCACUGCAGCACAUGGCCGCGCCGGUGGCGCCGCCGCCGCCGCGCGGCGUGUACGGCCUGCCGCCAGGUAGUGGUUGCAUGCAACAGCAGCACCAGCAGAACCAGCAGCAGCAGCCAGGCAGUGCCGUGGUGGCAAUGGCGGCUACGCCGCGGGCGUAUGCAGUUGCGGCAGCGGCGCAGCCGCCGCCAUCUGCAGCUGCGAGAGGCGGGCCGGCGCCGGCACCCGUACCGCCGCACGAGCAGUACCGGCAGGCGCUCGUGUGUGCGUCGGGGCGGCCGCCGCCGCGGCCUCAGGAGCACGGAGCGUACGAGGAGGCUUGGGAGCUGGAGGUGGUGCAGCACCAGCAGCACCAGCAGCUGCCGCCGCCGCCGCACCACCACCAGCCCUACAGCCAACCAUCGCAAGCUGCGGCUGCGGCUGCCGGCGCGGCUGGCGAUAGGUACUAUUAUCCAGAGCCGUCGGAGUCUGCGCCGCCGGUGCCAAAUGGGCCCGUUCGCCAGGCGCCUGCGGACUACCCCUAUCAGCACGAGCAGUACCCACCACGGCAGCAUUACUCUGCCUACCAGGGCCCGCCGCAGCAGCAGCUGCAGCAGCAGAGUCCGACACGGCAGCCGUACUACGUAGCCUACAUCAAGCAGGAGGAGUACGAGCCGCAUGAGCAUGCGCCGUACCAGCACCAACACCAGCAGCACCAACACCAGCAGCAUCAAUACCAGCGUCUGCAGCAGUACCAGGGCCAGUACGCACAGCCGCCAGGCCAACACGACCGACCGCCGCGCGAGCCGUACGGAAUGAACGAGCAGCCGCCGUGUCAUACGUACGCACAACAGCCGCAGGCACAGCAGCAACAGCAACAGCAACAGGUGCCACAGCAGCAGCAGGUGCAGAAUACCCAGCAGCACUACCAGAUGGCGGAACACGACAUGGCGGCGCAUCAUUCGCAGCAGCCUCAGCGGCAGCAGCAGCCACAGCAGCAACUGCAGAUGUUGGCACCGCAAUCGCUGGCACCGCAGCUCUUCCAGCCUGCGCUGCAGCAACAGCAGCAACAGCUGCAGCAGCAGCGACAGCAACAGCUCCCCCAGGAGGAGGUCCAGGAGCACGCUCCCACUCAGGACCUACAAGACCACUACCGGCACCAGCACCAGCACCACCAGCAGCAGAGCCAGCCGCCGCUGCUGCUGCCCGCAUUGCCCGGGCCCGAGCGCCCGGGCGUGUCCGCAGCCCACCCCCAACCCGCUGCCAGCCUUGGCCCAGCAGUGCCGGGGGCCCUGGCUGCUACUGCCGGCGGCAGCCACGACCCAGGCGGCAGCGCUGCUUUGGGCUCGCCGCCGCCGCUGCACACGCCGACGGUGCGGGUGAAGCCGGAGCUGGUGGAGCGGCGGCAACAGAGCCUGGUGUCGCAGCUGUGGUCGGUGCUGCGCCGGCCAGGUGCCCGGCAGCAGAGUGGGCAGCUGGACCAGCUGCAAGAGCAGAGGCAGGCUCGAGGCGUGGCCAUAGAAGCUUUGCUCAAGGGCGCUGGCAUGGGCCACGAGGGGCUACAGGCCGUGUCGCCACCACCACGCCAGCAACAGCAGGAGCAGCCGCAGUUCCAGCUAGAGCGGCCUGGACAGCACCAGCAGCACCAGCAGCUCCAGGGGUCAGUGGAAAUACAACAGGACCAGCAGAUGCCGCCGGCGCAGGGCCGAUGGCCCCCAGCAGACGACCCCCGACACCGGGCGGCACCACUGCCCCACGCCACUGCUGCUGCCGCGCCCGCCGCGCCCACUGCCAGGCCGCCGCUGGCUGUAGCUGGGAGCCACGGCAGCGGCCUCGGUCUCGGCUACCCUGCUACAGCCUCGGCCGCCGUCAUGCAGGCCGCCACGGCGCCGCCGCAGCUGCAGUCUCAGCUGCAACCACCUGGUGCGGAAGCGUACGCCGCCCACCGCAUUUACGAUGGCUACAGCUACAGCCCGUCUGCUGCUGCUGCUGCUGCUACAGCCGCUGGCGCCAUUGGUGCGUUCGCGCCGGCCGUGGGCCCUGCGGCUCCGGGGCUCUUCCCCGCUUACCAGGGCACGACUGCGGCCGAGGCCGGGUUGGCAGCAGCCGGCGCGAAGCGGCGGCGGAGCUCUAGCGACGGGUGCGGGUAUGCCGACGACGGCGUUAUGGGCGCAGCGGGCGCGGCGGCGGCGCAGCCCGGCGGCACCGCGGCAUCCCUCUUUGAAGCGCCCGCCGCGUUUGCGGCAGGGCCGGUACCGCAAGCUGCAGCAGCAGCGCACGCAUGGCAGGCGCCACAGGCCGCGGCGGCAGGCGCCGCGGCGGAAGCGUCGCCGAGGAAGACGCGGCGGCUGGUGCAGCCAGCUGGCGGCGGCGCGGCAGAUGCUGCUAACGACGCCGCCGACGGCGCUGCCGAAGGUGGUCGCGGUGGCGGUGAGAGAGGCGGCGACCCCGGGGUUGAGGCUGUGUCAACUGCCAUGUUGGCCAUUGAGCGACUGCUGCAGGACAAUGGCUGGCAGCGCCAGCUGCAGCACCAGCAGCGCCGGCACGGGCACCAGCACCAGCAGUACCGGCAGUCUGAGCCGGAGGCGCUGGAUGCGGACUUUGACCUUGCGGCGGCGCUAGGCCUCGGCGAGCCGCAGGGGGAGCAGCAGGUGGAAGGAGUGUGGGAGCGGCAGCAGCCCCACAGCAGCGAGCAGCCGAAGCUGGUCCUUGUGCCGGCGGGAGGCGUGGCCGCGAGCGGCGACGACGUCAACGGCAGCAGCCCGCUCGCUGACCACAUGCAGCAGAGCCCUGCUCCGCUGCAGCAAGACCCACAGGAGACGGCGCGACUGCUGGCGGCGGGGUGGCAGCUGGCGCCCGAGGGCUUCACGCCCACCAGCUGCCGUGCUCCCGGUGCCUCCGGCCCGCGGCCCACACAGGCGCCCAGAGCGCCUGUCGCCAGUGGCGUCCCGCCGCACCUGCAUGAGCCGCAGCUGCAAUUGCAGCUGCAGCCGCCGCAACGGCGGUUCGUGUCCAUCACGGAGCUGUGUUGGCUGUCUGCAGGCCUGGAUGCAGAGGCGGUGCAGGCGGCGCGGCAGCAGCUGCUGCUGCUACAGCAGCAGCAGUCGCCGGAGCAGCGGUACGGAACCGCGGCAGCGGGCGCCGACGACGCCGCUGGUGAGGACGAGUGGGUGUUCAAUGUAAAGGACCUGCAGUUUGAGGCGGAGGCGCUGACGGAGGGGCUUGCAAGCGACGGCGAGGACUGGGACGUGAACGAGGAGGAGGCCGGCGGCAGCGGCCGCGGUAGGGGCCGCAGCGGUGUCGUGGCCACUGGCGCGGCCAUGUGGGGCCGGGGGCGGGGCCGGCCUGCAGGCCGCGGCCGGCAGCAGCAGCAGGCGCAGCAGGCGAGCCAGCAGGCACAGCCUGCUGCGCAGGGCCCAGGGCGGAGGCGGCAGGGGCUGCAGCAGGGUCGCCAGGCGCUGCGGGCCCAGCAGGGGCCGCUGGCGGCGCAGUCGCAGCCGCCCGUCGAAUCCGAGGCGGGCUGCGCGCGCGCCGCUGCCGUCGACCGCGCCCGCCUGGGCUGUCACCGCCACAAGCCGCCACCAGUCAUAUGCCCCGUGCGCCCCGGCAGCGGCAACCGACCCGGCUCCGUGCCUCCCUUGGGCGUGCAGCCGCUGGGUGCAGGCAUGGCAGGCGCGGCGGCCGCCGAGGCGGCGGCCGCCGCCAGGCUAGGCGUGGGAGGAGCUGGAGGCAGCUGGGCUGCGCGGGCGUGUGCGGCGGUGCUGCCAGGGGGUGGUGCGGACGCGGCCGCAGACUUGCACCAGCAGCGCGGGCCCGUGAAGCGCAAGCGCUGCGGCGGCCGAGUGCUGGUGCCCUUGGAGCCGCCGGUGGGCCGCGCGCUGGGUGGUGUGCGGCUCAAGGCUGGGGACGGCGGUGGCGGCGGGCCGGGCGGCGGCGGUGGGCCGGGCGGCGGAGGGGGAGGCGGGGCGCGCGGCGCGGCUGGGAGUCGCGGCGGUGAUGUGGCCUCGGGCGGCAAGAUCCUGAACGCCCUGCGGGAGGCCAAAGCGCUCCUGAGCAGCAGGUUCGUGGUGCGCCGCUCGCCCAUUGCGCAGCUGGGUGUGUUCACGGCCGCGCACGUGCCCGGCGGCGCCCUGCUCAUGGAGUACUACGGCGAGGCUGUACGGCCCACGGUGGCGGACGUGCGGGAGAAGAGGUACAUUGCCGGCGGCCGUGACGGCUGCUACCUUUUCAACUCGGGCGGGCCACGCGAGGAGGCCACGGUGCUGGACGCCACACACGCCGGCAACAUCAUGCGCUUCGUCAACCACUCGUGCGGCCCCAACUGUGUGGCCCGCACGUUGCUGGUGAACGGGCAGCGGCGCAUCUUCCUGUUCGCGCUGACGGCGAUGCCGCCCGGCACCGAGCUCACCUACGACUACAAGCUCAGCAGCGUGCUGUGUCUGGAGGCGUUCAAGGGCCUGCCCGAGGAGUUCAUUGAGCGGGCGGCGGAGGAGGCCGGCGUGGACCUACUGAUCUGCCGCUGCGGCGACCGCCGCUGCCGCAAGUACCUGUGAAGCGCCCGUUUGGGGCCACGCUGUGCUGCAGGCGCACCGUUGCGACGGGUUUAGUGCGAUGCAAAGAACGUGUGAGGCUUAACAUGGGGUCAACAGCUCGAAGCUACGUAGAUGUGCGCGUGUGUGUUUUUGUGCCGGGGGAUAAGUGAUUUGAGAGCUGCUGUCUUCGGUAUUGGCCACAUCAGCAAGAGAAUUCUCGUCUGAAAUCGUGCUGACGUGCCCUGCGUGUCUGGUGUCCCUGUGUGUGUGGAUCAGUUGCAUGCCGCCUUACGAGCUGGGCCCAAUGAGUCCACCGAACACCGGACACGCCCAGGUUGCGUGUGUGUCUGUGUGUGCGUGUAUGUGUGUGUGUUAAAGAGCACAAGGAAAACGUUGCGUAUGUGUGUGUGUGUGUCUCUGUCGCAUGCGCCCGGUCAGAUAAGUACCCUGAAAACCAUGAGAAAUAACACGGCCACAGCCGACUGCGUAGACUUAAGCAUGGGAUGACUGGCUUGCGGACACGGCUAAUCCGUUACAUUUUUGAAUUCGAUGAAUCCACUGACUGACGGGCAACCGGUCGGUCGUAACAAGUUAUGCUGCACGCGGCAUCGUAUCGCUUACCUCAUUGUAUUUGACGCUUUAUCACCAUGUCUGGCACACCGCACUGUGAAUGCUGACGCAAAGCAUUCUGGAGCCCAAUUGCUUCAUUGACCGGAGCCCUGCACGCUGUGGUAGUGAUUGCCGAAGCGGCGGGUAGGGGGUGGCAAGUAUAGGACGCUAGCCCAACUCUUAUUUCUGUGUGCGUGGGUGCUUGGAGACGGGUGUUGCGUUGGCGUACGUUGCAAUGUCGAUGGUUGGGUGUGGAGGUGUGGGCAAUGUGUGUGGGUUCGUGGGGCCGGUCACGACCAACGGCAGCUGACAUGGGAACGCUCGGCAGAGGCCAGGGGUGCCCCUGCCCGUGGUGUGAUAGGGCACGGCAAAGAGAUGAACCACGAUUUUGGCAAAUGGCUGUCGGCGUUGCGCAAAGCAAAAAUGAGUGCCGCAGGGUGAUAGUACUGAUAUUGGCGAUGCCAGUGGCUAACUUGGCAUAUGUGUGUGAGAGAGAGUGUGAGGGGCGGGGUGGGCGGGCGCACACAGGGGAGAUGGGCUCCCCCCUCUUCGGAGGAGCCAGGUGGCUGGGAAGAUGGGUACUGUGCGUCCUCGUGCAACCCUAUGUGCCAAGUUGUGUCAGGGGAAUGAUGUCAAUUGUCGACUGGCACAAGAGGGGCAACAGGCAGCUGAAGAAGAAUGUCGGAAGUGCGGACAUGCUUGUGGGUCCCUGAAUUCGUAGUAUGAGCAAGAGCUGAGGGUGGUGAAAAGCAAAGUCCUGAGUGAUGCGGCAGGGUGUGGCAAAGGAUGUGCACGUAUAAUGUGCCAUGGGAUAAAUCGGUUCGGCAGCGAUGCAGAGGUCCCAGGUCAGUGCCCUGUCAACUGCCAAGCAUACCUACGUCUA